ACAACAAGAAGCCCUCUUACGAAAAAGCCCUAUGACCGUCGAACCGUUACGUCUCAAGAAACACGACGCAGACAUGAGCAAGUUCUACAAGAGCGAACUCUUUGCCUCUUCUCACCCAAAUGCGGUACACAACACAAGAAAAUUUCUCAACGCGUACCGCGCUAACAGAUGA